UUCUCUCUCCUCAGUACUUCGCGGACUCUACAGUGUCGAAAUCUCUCUAAUUUUACAGGUCUAACGUUUUUCCUUUGCAGACUCUACAAACCCUAACCCUAGAAAUCUCGUCUUCUUCUCUCACCGGAUCUCUAACUGGAGAAAAUGGGAGAAACAAGGGACAACGACGCCUACGAGGAAGAGCUUCUCGACUAUGAGGAAGAAGAAGAAAAAGCCCCUGACUCUGCCACCGGCAAAGUCAAUGGCGAGGCAGCCAAGAAGGGUUAUGUUGGAAUACACAGUUCAGGAUUCAGAGACUUCCUUUUGAAGCCAGAACUUCUUCGUGCAAUUGUUGACUCUGGAUUUGAGCAUCCUUCUGAAGGUAAUAUUAUACAGCCCCAUAAACUUGUUGAUUUUGGAGCACUAUUAUGGUUUGUGCAACAUGAGUGCAUUCCACAAGCUAUACUGGGUAUGGAUGUCAUUUGCCAAGCUAAAUCUGGAAUGGGUAAGACUGCAGUUUUUGUUCUUUCAACGCUACAGCAGAUUGAACCAAGUCCAGGGCAAGUUGUUGCACUUGUUCUGUGUCAUACAAGGGAAUUGGCUUACCAGAUCUGCCACGAGUUUGAGAGGUUCAGCACUUACCUCCCUGAUAUAAAAGUUGCUGUCUUCUACGGUGGGGUGAAUGCCAAAAUUCACAAAGAUCUAUUGAAAAAUGAGUGCCCUCACAUAGUUGUUGGAACACCUGGAAGAAUUCUUGCUCUGGCUAGAGAUGAUGACCUUUCGUUGAAGAAUGUUAGGCAUUUUAUUCUUGAUGAAUGUGACAAGAUGCUUGAAUCACUUGACAUGAGGAGAGAUGUCCAAGAGAUCUUCAAGAGGACUCCUCACGACAAGCAAGUUAUGAUGUUUUCUGCCACCCUCAGCAAAGAAAUCCGACCGGUUUGCAAGAAAUUUAUGCAAGAUGUAAUGUUCCAUGGCCACUAUUACUUCAAUUUAGACGUCUUUUUUUAUAAAUUCCAAACUUCCAAGAUUCUUGUAGAAUUUUAGAGUCUGGUGGGUCGAUCGCUGUAUGCUUGCACUGGUGUUGCCUGGAUGCAGUGGCUUCAGCUAUUCAUUUAUGGGUUAUGCAAUUUGAUGGGGGGAGGUUAAUGGUGAGUUUAUGGGUCUCAAAGAUUUAGGUGGUUCUGGAAAGGUGGAUGACUGUCAUCUUGUCCCCCUCCCUUAUGUUUUUAGAUUUUUUAUUUAGGUACUUGGUGUGGGCUUGAAGUUGGGGUACUAAGAAGUGUGGGGGAUUUUCUUGUUGGGGCCACCUUGUCAUGUAAUAGAAUUUCGUGUGUGGGAGUAGGAGUAUAGGACUUGGUUGCUGUGACUAAUGUAUCUGCAAGGAGGCAAAGUGGAUGGACCAGAAUCUCAAUCGAGGGAUGUGCAUCCAUCAUUCAUUUCGUACUGGAUUCCCAUACCAUGAGUAAGGCACCUAAUUUGAUUUACUCUGACAUUUGUUCCUUUCAGCCAAUGGAAAUUUAUGUUGAUGACGAGGCCAAGUUAACCCUUCAUGGGUUAGUACAGCACUACAUCAAAUUGAGUGAGAUGGAGAAAAAUCGAAAGUUGAAUGAUCUUCUUGAUGCAUUGGACUUCAACCAAGUUGUUAUUUUUGUCAAAAGUGUGAACCGGGCAGCUGAGUUAAACAAGUUACUUGUGGAGUGCAAUUUUCCUUCAAUUUGCAUACAUUCUGGCAUGUCCCAGGAAGAGAGGUUGACUCGCUACAAGGGUUUCAAGGAAGGGCAUAAGAGAAUUCUGGUGGCCACAGACUUGGUUGGCAGGGGAAUUGACAUUGAACGGGUUAACAUUGUAAUCAACUAUGAUAUGCCUGAUUCUGCAGACACCUACCUACACAGGGUUGGUAGAGCCGGCAGGUUUGGCACCAAGGGUCUAGCAAUUACAUUUGUUUCCUCUGCUUCAGAUUCUGAUGUUCUGAAUCAGGUCCAGGAGAGGUUUGAGGUGGAUAUUAAGGAGCUUCCUGAGCAGAUUGAUACAUCUACAUAUAUGCCCUCGUAAUGGAGGUUGGUUCAAGGGCUGAAUCAGCAGUUUGUUCCUAUAAUGCUGCCAUCCCUUGGUGUAUUGGUGCCGAAAUUAAUUGGCAAUGGUUAAGUUAGAUGUUUCGUGAGAAGCCAGAUGCCGAUGUGGUUUACACUAUUGCUUAUGAGUAUUGUAGCUUUAAAAGAGUGUGAUACUGUGAUUUAGCUGCUGGAGUUGGGAAAUUUUCCCUCUAAGGGCAUAUCUUUCGUUUAGCAACUUAUAUAGAGUUCCAUAUGAUACUAUCUGUGGGAUCAGUUUGCUUUGUAACUCCAUAAACCUGAUUUGCUGGUAUGUUCAUUUCUUUAGGAGGUGUUAACAUUUUGCAUUCAAAAUGUAGGUUUCUUCCUGGAAAUUUUUAAUUUUA